AUGAAAGCUGAGGAUACUCUCAGUAACUCUGGAACUGCGGCUUCUUUGCCUCCUGUAACGAGUGGAACCUCCACUCUGAAAGCAGCAAAUGGUCCUUCUGAUAAUGCACAAACUACUAAUGAUAAAAAUAACUCCAAAAAUCAAGUGGGUAAGGGAGAUUCAACGAUGGGAAAUCAGGCUAAUUAUGAUGGUGGUCUGACCCCUUUGAAGGGUGAUGAUAAUAAUGAUGACAACAAAAAAAGAAGCAGUAGUCGGAAACUUCUCACCCAUUCCAGUACACCUGAUAUUUUACACUCGAAAAAAAAAUCAGGGUCGGGUCACACUGGUAGCAAUAAUGCGUGUCCUUCUCCUUUCCCUGUUGGAAAAGGCCGUUCAAACAUGCAUAGAGGAGGGAAUAACUACUGGAGGAUACCGUUAAAAAGGCGGAGUAUUGGACAUGGAACAGUAGGUCUCUAUCAGAACCAGACAAAUGACCCUGAUGUACCGGAAGGAGCAAAGGCGUGUAUUAAUGGAACCUUAGUAGUGGGAAACACAUUACAUGUGAAUAAAGUACGAGAUUAUAUGCAAUGGCGAGAGAAGCAUAGUGCAUUGUUUUCUACAAUGAGAGAACAAGAUGAAAAAGAACGUGUGGAAUCACGCAGACGACGCCUUGUUGAAGCAGAAAGGCAGCGAGAGUUGGAGGAGGGAGAGUAUGCGGCUGCUGUAACGCGGAUGCGACACCGUGGGUGGUCUAUUCUAGGUGAUACCCCUCGACCUGUAGAUCAUGCGCGUUUGAUGCAAAUACAGGCCCAGCGUGAGGCUGUCCGUGCGGAAUGUGAAGGGGUAGCUAUUCGAAAGAUGAUGGAGGCGACGAAGCUGCGUGAAAAUAUUGCUCAAGAUCUGGCCUUACAAAAAGAAACGCGAGAGAAGGAGCAGCAACUUGUGCGUGAUGCGGCUCGAGCGGAGCGGGAGCAGUGGUCUGCCUUCCGUGAACACCGUGAAGCCGAACUUCGUGAACGGGCGGGGGCGAUGCGGGCGGAGCGGGAUGCGGCGCGGGAGUACAAUCGUGCCUGUCUCACUCUCGAUGCUGCCACCUGGCGCCAGUACGUCACAUCCGCGCGGGACCGUGUGCAGGCGCGAUCGGCGACCCCCGACUCCUCCCACUCGCCGAGGGACUGGCGCUGCACAUUCCGCUCCCCGCUGCGGGUGCCGCAGAACGCCGCGGACGAGGCGGUGCGACGGGCGUGGACGGCGGAGCUCCUCGACUUGCGGCGGGCAGUCGCGGCGGCGUCGGUGGCUCGUGUGCGGCGCGAGCGGGCGGCAGCGGCGGCGGAGGGCGGGGCGGGCGGCGCGGCGUAUCGCGAGAACUGCGCGCGGGCGGAGGCGCUGCGGGUGGAGCGGGCGGCCCUGCAGGCGCGGCGGGAGGCGCAGGCGGCGGAGGAGGCGCGGGAACACCGGGCGCUCGCGGAGGCCCUCGCGGACGGGCGGCGGCGGCGGGUGGCGACACUCGAGGCGCUGCGGGCCAAACGGUGGGAGGCGGCGGAGGCGCAGCGGCAGAACAGAAGUCCAACGCGGCGAGGGAGAGAGAGCCCAGAGUUGGAAAGCCCACUUCAGGAGUUGUAG